AUGGGGAAAGACAAGAAGGAACAAGAGCCUGUCUUUCUGAGGAAAAAGAUAACUUUGCUGCGGGCUUUCUCACUCCUCAUCGGCAGUAUGAUUGGCAGUGGCAUCUUUAUCUCCCCAAAAGGAGUGCUGAAAAACUCUGGCAGCGUGGGUUUGUCCCUGGUUGUCUGGUUUGCCUGUGGGGUUCUCUCAAUGUUUGGUGCCUUGUGUUAUGCAGAGCUUGGAACAAGAAUCACCAAGUCUGGAGGACAUUAUAUCUACAUUUUGGAGACACUAGGGCGUUUGCCAAGUUUCUUAUUUCUGUGGGCAGAGUUUUUUGCUAUUAGGCCUGCCAACAGUGCUGUGAUUUCUUUGGCAUUUGGAAGCUACAUGCUGGAGCCAUUUUUCGCCCCCUGUGAACCCCCCGUCCCUGCUGUGAAGCUUGUGUCUCUACUGGGGUACUACAUGAUCCUCGCCCUCAAUUCCUGGAGUGUCACCUGGAGUGGCCAGCUGCAGACAGCUCUCUCUGUUGUCAAACUCCUGGCUCUUGCACUCAUCAUUGUGCCAGGGAUGAUGCUGCUAGCCCAGGGGCACACUGAGAACUUCGAGGAUGCUUUUGACAGGCAGUCCCUGGUUUUGGAUAAGCUUCCCCUGGCUUUUUAUGCAGGCAUGUUCGCAUAUUCAGGCUGGUUCCAGACCAGCUUUGUGCGUGAAGAGUUGGUCAGACCUGAACGAAACAUCCCCCUGGCUGUCAUCGUGUCCGUGAUCACAGUAAUUGUGGGGUAUAUGCUCACCAAUGUCUCUUAUUACACAGUCUUGGAAUCACGAGAUGUUCUGGCUUCUCCUGCUGUGGCUGUGAGCUUUGCGCAGCAAGCCUUCAAAAGCUUGACUUCCGUGAUCCCUAUCCUUGUCUCGCUGUCCUGCUUUGGAACCAUGAAUGGAGGAAUCUUCACAUUUUCAAGGACCCUGUUUGUUGCUUCCAGGGAAGGACAGUGGCCUCCUCUCUUCUCCAUGAUCCACAUCCGAAGGCAUACACCCCUUCCUGCUGUCAUGUUAAUGUUCCCUUUAGUUACUACCAUGGUGUGUAUCGGAGAUAUCUACCAUCUACUGAACUUCUUCAGCUUCUCCCGAUGGCUUUUCAUAGGAUUAGCCACCCUUGGGCUCAUUGUUCAUCGCUGCCGUCACCCAGAGCUGCAAAGUCCAUUCAAGGUUCCCCUGUUCAUUCCCAUCUCUUUUACCAUCAUCUGCCUCUUCACAGUGGCAAUGUCUUUCUACUCAGACCCUGUGAACAUUAGCAUUGGAUGCGCCAUAGUUUUAAGCGGUUUUCCAGUCUACUACCUCAUAAUCCACAAGCAAAUGUCAGAUUGUUUCCGUAGCCCAUUAUAUUAUCUUACACAUAAACUACAGUUACUGCUGGAAGUAGUCCAACAAGAAAUCAAGACUUACUGAGAAAACCAUCAGAACUCACAUGAGAAUGUAAAAUCAAGUCACUUCGUUUCUGAUACCUUUGAUCCUACAAAG